ACAAAUGAACCUGGAAAAUUAACAAAUACAUUAAUUUCUAGAGUUGGAUUUUUGGAAUUUGUCACACCAGGACAGUAUGCAGUCUUGGAACAUGAUAGUUACAGCACAUUAGGACAGAUACCGAGAGAUAACUGGGCUGCACAUACUUUAGACAUCUACUGGUCACUGUGUAAACAUCCAGUAUUUGACCACUAGCCUCACUGUCACCAGUUAACAACUCAGUGUAACGAUCAACAGAAUCUACAUGCAUUGUAGAUGGUACUUAAAAAACUACCCAGGGUCUGGUAUUGGUUCAUCUGCUUAGCUUGCAGAAGGCCUAAGGCCAAUCCUAGCAGUAGGAGUAAAAACCACCUUAGUAGUGAAAACAAUGGACUGGUGAUAGCUUGAGCAGCUGGGGGCUGUGAUCAUUGGAGCCAUCUUGGGGCUCUGAGGACUUAAGCUAGGUCUAGACCCGAGUUGUUGACCAGAAAGAACAUUGACAUUUUACAGAUGGCUUCUUCAUUUUUCUUGGACCUCUCACAGCAUUUUGGCUAGAUUCUGAGAUGGGCAUCCCAAAACAGGGAGAACUGCAUUAAGAAGCCAUGCCAGCAGGAUUUAUUUUCUUGGUUCUAAAUUUGUAACUAUAUGAUGAGUUGGUCGUGUGUCACAUUGUCUUGUAGAAUGCAUGUCUUCACCAAGAAGAGAGAUGAAUGUCUUGUAGAAAUAGAAAUACAGUUCUUUCCAGUGAGCACAGGCACUGGUGCCAGUCAAUGUCAGUCUUGACGACCAGGCAGUCAGGUUAUCAACUCUGUCUGUCUUAGCUAGAAGGCAAGAAUACACUCUAUCUCAGUAGACUGGGUUUGUCAUAGUGAUGGAGAACGUGUACUUUGGGGGAACCAUAGAGCUUAUCUACAAGAGGUCACUAGAAUUUAAAAUCAGACGUCUUUGGUGGGUAAUUCUGUAGGUAUUCCACUAAAUCUUACCUGCAGGAAGGACAGAUGAGUGUAGAUUGUUUUUCCUUAUUAAAAAAGGGGUUUGGCCAUAUUUAAUGAGAGGAGGGUGUUUGGUAGAAUUACGGAAAACCUGUUAUGGCUGAAAGUCAGCUGAAACAAAAAGGAAAAAAGCCCCUUUCCUAUCAGGUCCUGAGGGUGGGCUCACACAGGCCAGCUGCCAAGUGAACACAGUCUUAGAGCAGCACAUUGUGACACCUCGUGGGUGGAACUGUUGCUGUUCCCAGCACUCUGCUGCUGCUAGUCUGUGGCUAGAGACCCAGUUCCUAAACUGCUCAAAUUCUGCUGCUUAUAUUGCUGCACAAACAGCCCCUUCCCCAAAACUGGUCUCCCUUCCCUUAGGACUUCCUCAGAAUCUUUCAUCAGGAACUCAAAUUUUAGUAAAGAUGGCACUCCAUCCCAUUGUGGAACAUACCCUUCCAAUUUUGCCAACAAACAGGCUUGAGCCUGGUUGUCUGACUAGACUUGGGCAGAUGGAAAUAACUUAAGCUCAUGUAUGCUGCUGUCCUGUUGUGUUGGUCUAGCAAAAAUGAACCCUGUAAGUGCAACAUGGCAUUCAGAAGUCAUGCAGCCAGAAGACGUGGUUCUGGUAGAUGGUGUGCCGUCGUGAAUUCAGAAUUGCCACUGUCACUUAGACUGUACCGCUAGUGAUUGUUUUGUUUCCUCAGUCCGUGUUUUAUUUGCUUCAUUCCUCCUCUAACCUUUCAUUUCCUAAUUAGCUGCUUUACAGGAAAAACAUUAAGUCAAAUGUACACAAAUAUAUCUGUAUCCACUUUUCCUCUACAGGAAGCAUCCUUCUAGAUGUUCCUGCCUCUUUCAUGAAUUCUGUUAUUUAAUAAUUGGUAGGGUUUCUUAUUUUUGGUUGUUUUCUUUAAAUCUGGCUUUUUUUUUUUCAUGAGCUGUUCUCCAUGCCAUUCUUAUCAAAUAAAAAAUAAAAUCUGGCGCUCUAAUUUUUCUUGUACCAGAGUCCUAUUGUCAGUCUCAAGUGGCCCAUAUUUAUCCAUUUUCUUGCCUCCUAUUUCUUCUUCAGAUCCAUUAUGUUUUCUUUCCUACUAUAUGCAACGAUUCUCACUGAAAUCACCAGUGGCCCUGGACCCUGGCUCACGAAACCUAAUAGAUUUUUGUUUCCACUUUUUCUCUGGCAGUACUGACAACAAAAUUAAAAAUACUAAGCACCUAAGACAAUAAUUUGCUGUCCCUCUUUGUGCUCUUUUACAAUGCUUUUGUGGGCUUCUUUAUGUGUUUCCUUUGAUUUUUAAAAAUUAUUUUGUAUGUGUGGGUGUUUUGUCUGGACUAGUGUAUGCCUGGUACCCAGGGAGGCCAGAAUAGGGUCUUGAUUCCCUGGAAGUGGAGUUACAGAAGGUUGUGAGCCACUAUGUGAGUGCUGGGAGUUGAACUCUGGUCCUCUAGAAGAGCAGCCAGUGCUUUUAACUACUGAGCCAUCUCUUAAUUUUCUAAUGUCACAUUCAUUGUUUCAUUCUUUUAAAUCUUCAAUUAGCAUGUAACAGCCAUUGAUCUCCAGGUGUGUAUCUCCUGAUUCCAGCCAAAUCUUAUUUACAGCUUUCAUCAAGUGAACUUAGAAAAUUUAAGUCUAGCUCAAACUUUUCCUAAAUUCUUUAUAAUUUCUGCAACUUUCCCACUUGCCCAAACCAGAAACUUGGGCAGUCUUGAAGUCUUACUUUUUCUUAAGUCCCAGGUCUAGUAAUUCCAAAGAAUAUAAUUAAUCUAAAUAAUUGCUGGAGCUGCUAUCUCCUUAGUGCUAUGGAACGACAUUCUAGGGGUUAUUUUCUCUCAUUUGUUCAGAAGCCUUCUACUGAACUCUUCACAUCUAUCCUUGCUGUCCACAAUCCAUUCUCCAUCAGCAAUUCCAGGAAUCUUUCAAAAAGUCAUGAAAUCUCUAGUAGAAGUUCCAUUCAGGUCUCAAACAUUGGAGGGGGAAAAGGCAGGGGUGGAAAACCCUGUGCAAUAUAUAAAACUUAUCGUCACAGGUCAUUAAGAAAUAAAACAUCUGCCCAAGAAUGUCUUUACAUAAAAUUGGGAUCAAUUUGCAUAUCAGUAUUUUUUUUCAAAUGAUGGUUAAUUGAAGUUUUUCCCAAUCCCUUGAUGCUAUCUUUGCUUAAAGCUCUUGAACUAAACAAGUAUACCUACUAAAACGUUCAGAAAAUAGUUGCCUAGAUAUAUUCUUAAUACUUUAGAAUCAGAAAAUUCCCUCAAGUCUGACUCCAUCCAUAGUGAUCUGGCCCCAGUGCUUCUGACCUCCUUCUUCCCUAGUCAUGCUCCAGCCCCUUUAAAGGAAAUCAUCUUUCCCUUGGACUGCUCCGAGUCUUUUAACACAGAGCCGUGACCUUUGCUUGUACUUAGCAAGCACUUCUUUAAAACUCCAGAUUUCGAGCUAUGGUCAUAUGGAUUACGUCCCUAUGGAGAGAUUUGCCCAUUUUUGCUCUAAGGUCAUGGUCAUACUGGAGGCAGUAAGGCAGUCCAUGAGGUGUCUGGAUUGUUGUGGACGCUUCGUCUAUAAUCUAAAGGCCAGACUAUUUCUGUUGGCAAUAAGAAGAGGUAAUUAUCGGGCUAGGAGAUGGAGGGGGGAGUAGAGGGCGGAAGCCAGGUGGUAGUGGGGCACGCCAUUAAUCCCAGCAGAGGCCAGCCUGGUCUACAGAGCAAGUUCCAAGAUAGCCAGGGCUGCCGAGAGAAAUCCUGCUCAAAAAACAAACAAAAAACCCUUCAGAUUUCAGUGGAAAUAUUUUCUCGGUCUACUAUAUGCUCUCGUAGGUUGCUGUGUUUUUGUUUUUUUUUUAAUCUUAGGAACACCCACAACUAAUCAAAUGAUUGUUUUUUUCUUCCCAGUCACUCUCCAAUCCCCAUCCUGACUCCCAAAGAAUUGGGCUAAUCCGCCGCAUACAUUGAUGACUUAGUAGGCAGUCUGUACACGCCUAAAGGCAAUAAAAUAAGAAUCAGAAGACAGUGUCUGGCACAUCUUAAAACAAGUAGUCUCUCCUUCGAUUACUUUGAAGAAUGCAAUCACUCCGUUAAAACUCGUCCUUGCGUUAGCGUUUGCCUGGUAGGGUAGAAGGGUGGUCCACACACCUAAUUCCAAACCAACCUGAACGCUUCCGCAGGGGCACUGAACACCCAAUAGGUGGGGACCAGAGUCCGACCCGGAAAAACCCGUCCUCUUCCGGUCCCGCCCUGUGCAGUGAAAGAGGCGGGACUUCCGGCCUCACUUUUCCCCCUGACAGCGCUUUCUUUUCGAUGCGGGAAGUUCAAACGGCUACUUUCGUAGUUUUGUUUUGUUUUUUCCUUUGGGUCCUCCGGUUCGCCGCUGCUGCCCCAGCCGCCUGGACUUGAACCGGCGUCUCAAUCCAAACACUUCUUGUGUCCAUGUUCUUCCGCAGAUGAGAUUAUUUUCUUUCAUCAAGAAAUACCGCUCGGUAGUUAAUAUUUGCUGAAGUAACCCCGGAGAAGCAGUCGCAAACGGUACAGUCCCUGCCAUUUGGGCAAAACAGAGGUCAGUCAGAGGCCUUGAUUGCUCUCUCGAUGUGGAAAACAACUUUGCAGCCCAGAACUGCCGGGUGAGCGUCAGGGGUUUGUCGGUGGACUUGAUGAGGGCGUGUACCGGUCCCGGUCUCUUUCCCGGGGUAACUAGACACUAUAUUUUGAAAAGCGAGGUUUCAACAUGCAGAACAGACGAGGUUUUACAGUUCGUUAUACCGUACAUAAUGUGUUGAACGGUGAGAAUGCUAACAGGAAUAACACAAUGCAGAGGAGGCCAAAAAGAUGGAUUGGAACCAGAUUAUUGUGUCCUGUGGCAGCGCCAAGAUCCUUUAAACACUACACUCUUUUGUGUAUGCUUGUUAUUUAAAUAAUAACUUCAGUAAAGUUGCUAUAUGGGAGGUGCAAAGAUAGUGAUUCCAUUCCCAGUCUGGUGUCAGAAAAUAGACUCUUACAACUAUGUGUCAGCACCUGUUUUCUCUUAAAAUACCAGAUAGAGUAUAUGCAGGUGUGCGUGUAUGCACAUAUAUAAUAUCUCCAUCCUUUGUCAUGGUAUGUGUUUAUUGACAUUUAGCAAGUAUGUAAACAAAUGAUGUAAAGCAGUCAGUGCAGUCUGACUUGUGAGAAGUUAACUGUGACAGGAAUAGGAGAGAGAAGAAACAGGAGAAAGAUCUUAGUUGUAGGAAUUGAGAGAUGAGCUUCCAACAAAAGGAGGUAAAGGGCUCAAUACAAGCAAGCUUUUAAAAAAAGAAUAGAAAACUAGUUACAGGAGAAAAGCAGUGAGGAGUCAGAGGUGUCGUUAGCUCUUAUUGCAAACUCAAGGGUAAGAAGAAUUUAAACAUUCAUUCUUUUAUUAUCUGAUGAAAGUAUAUUUGCCUAUGACAUCAUUCUUUGCCCUAAUACUAUUUUAGGUCCCAGUGAUACAUUUGUGAAUAGGACAGGUGAGGUCCAUUCUGUUUGAGUUUCUAUCCUGGUGGAAGAAAACAAAGGCAAAUAAUUUUGAUAUUGAUAAAGCCUAUGAGGACAAAAGGUACGCUAGGAUGGGAAUGUGUGGAGCGCUUUAGCUUAGUGGACAACGUGGGGCCUUUGUGCAAGUGGUGUUUGUAUUGAGACGUUAAUGCUGACAAAGAAUUUGUCACAUGAUAAGCCAAGGAGAAGACAAGCUAGACAGAACAGCAUGAAGAUUUUGAGAUGGAAAAAUACCUUCUUUCAAGAUUAUUUUUAAAAAGCCAAUAUUAUUAAAGUGAUCUGAACAAGGGAGUUAGGAGGUGACAUUUGGAGACAAUGGUGGGCUAGAUUGUGUGGCCCCUGCAGGCUCUAGUGUAAGAAUAUAGCUCUUGUUCAGCUAAAGAAUGAAUUUAGGGGGUGUUACCGAAGGCUGCUUUUGGUGGGAGUGCCUUUGCUCUAGUUGAAUCAGAGUCCAUUUAUCUGUGGAACAAAGACAUAGAAGUCUAUGCUGUUAACUAGCUGAACUCUCUGAAAGGAGUGGGGUGGACUUACAAGUUCUUCAGAGAAAGAAAAGAAUCAAAACUGUGAAUCUUAUUAAGAGUUAGCACAUACUUAAACCCUUACUUACAUCCAAACCUGCUCCACAUAAGAUGUUAGCCUAUAUUGUGCAAAGCUUAUUGCAUAUUUAAAACACGAAAGCAAAAGAUGAGACUAAAAAGUAACAAGUGUUAUUAAGGUAAGGUCUUGAAGAAUCUCUGAUUUAGGUAACAAAUAAGAAUGAUUAAAGUCAAAACAGAAGUAGAGAAGCAACCCUUAGUAGCCCAAAGUGGGGUUGGAGGUAGGACAGAGGGAAUCGUGGAAGAGGGGACAAUGUACAACUGUGACACAGACUGACUAGGUCCAGUAGACGGACGACUAAAGACAUUGGGUGCAUGUAGACAUCGGUGCCCAUGAUGAAACAAUGCCAGUGGAAAGGUAGAGGAGGAAGUUGGACUAAUAGAGUGAAGAUUAGCAAGAGAAUAUUGGCAGUGGGGGGUUUACUGUACUUUAGAGACUUAUUGGUAGGAAAUGUCCAUAAACUUGAGAAGUAUUACCUCUGAAUAGUCUCUUGUUUUUGACAGAUGAGACUUGAUCACUUGACUAGAAGGAGACGAUAAUGCAGAAGGGGAUGGGUUUUGUGUUAGAAAAGAAUUAACAUUUCAUCAGAUUUAUUGAGACCUUACAGGGUGGCUUUCAUAGUGCUCGGCAGUCAUCUUUUGGGGUUUUGUCACUUUUGCCCACGGCAGUCCUGUAACCCUCUUGUUUCGCAAAUGAACGAACAUCCCUUGGUGUCUGCCUAGCACAUGGUGGAGUAUCAGUGAAGCCCACCUCCCCUCUUCACCACACAGCUAUGGAAAACAUAGUGAGAGCAGAGUCAUCUUGGAGGUAAGAAAUAGACUUCAAGAAGUGAGGAUGAGUUGAAGUCACUAAAUAACUGCUUCCUUAAUGCCAGACUGGGGAACAGUAAGUUGUGGCUUUUGUAUUUCUUCCGUGGUCUUUUGCCUUAGGCUGAAUAGUUAGUUACUUUUGGCCUGUCUUUUGCAUGUGUUAAAACAGAUUUUCUGUGUUAUUUUAUUUGUAUUUAUUGUUGUUGUUGUUUGUAUGUAUUAUGAUGUGUGAGUGCAGGCAUGCGCAUGCACAUGCUUGCUACAACUUUGUUCUCAUUCUCCACAGUGAGUUCCAGCUCAGUUCAUCAGGCCUGCAUGGCAAGCACUUCACAUGCUGAACCAUCAUGCCUGCCCAAAUUGCUACAUUUUUCUUACCAAGUAGAAUUGGUUUGUCUGAAAUGAGAUCCUGGGCAUAUAACAUACAAAAGUUAAACUUGAACAGUAAAACCACAAAACUUAGGACAUUUGUGACUCUGUGGACUGUCUUCUCCUUCCAGGUUAUGUUUUUAGCAGUGGAGUGAAGUCGUAGAGGUUUCUCAAAGCAUUUUGUGAAGGAAGUUCAUUUUAGAUAACCGAGGUGAGACCACCGCUCUUCCACCGAGAGUGUACUCAGUGGCAGUGUGCUGCCCUUACGUUCUUAGGAAGUGCGUGUGUUUAGCUUGUGAAACUCUUGAGCAUUGAGAAAUGCCUGUGCUACCGUGUCCCCAUCUCCUGUAGUCUGUCUGAAGUGUGGCGUACCCAGGCGUAGAAAUGGCUGCUGAAGUCCAAAUGGUACUUUAUGAAGAUGACUCGGUCCAAGUACAAUAUGCCGAUGGUUCCAGACUGCAGCUCUCUCCUUGUGGCUCAGAAUUUCUAUUUGAAAAGGCACCUCCUCUUUCAACACAUCCUUUAGAGCAACCAGAGAGAAUUCGUCAACGGACACACUUUGUCAUUAGUACCUACCGAGAGCAACUACAGCGAGCCCUAGAUUUUCGAAACUCUUCAGCUACAUGCCCUUUUUUAUCUGAAAGCCUCAUACCUCCUGAAAGGAAAAAGCAUAUCUUCAUUGAUUUCUCAGAAGUAAAAUGGCCCAGUCUUGAUAGAGAUGACAGCAUCACAUAUUUGGAGAGUGGCGCAGUGAAGAUAACAUCACUAGAUGGACACGCAUACUUGUGCCUACCCAGAUCUCAGCAUGAAUUUACAGUGCAUUUUUUGUGUAAAGUGAGCCAGAAGCCAGACUUGCCUGUAACACUCUCUGAAACAAGUAAUCAGGUCCUGAAAGAUAAACGAGCUGGAAAGACUUGCAAAAUCUGCACCCAUGGAAGUUUAUCAGGACAAGGAUUACAGAAUAAAGAAAACGAACUUCAUGGCCAGAUCUUGAAAUCUAAAGCCUCAGCGAACCUGUGUUGUGUCGAUGGAACCGAGGGGAGGGAGGAGCUGCCUUCCUCAAGCACGAGGCACAGAUGUGUCUACGCCUGGGUGAAGCAGUGCUGGUCUGUCACCUCCUGUCCAGAGCCGUGGAAAUACCCUUUGUCUUUAGCGCUUGGUUUUUAUAACAAAGUUAGUGUUGUGUCUAAAAUUGAUGCAGGUUUCCCUGCAAGUGGAAUUGUAACCUCUGACACUCCAGAAGAAAGCAGAGAAGAGGUUUCUGUCCUUCCCAGGGCCUUGUUACUCAGCUGCCCUGCCCCACACAUGCACAGGUGGAACUUCUGUGAUUCACUUUUACAGAGACAGUCUGAUGAAGAGUAUUCCUAUCCUGAGCUUGUGAAGGUGGUGUGGUACAAGGGUAUGACAUACAGGCUUACCCAUAAGAAUGAAAACUUGAUAGAGAUUUAUCCUGGAGAUGGAUCAGUUUUCAAGUCCAAAGGAGCUUAUUUUGGUAACUAUUUUACAUAUUAUCCAAGUCAAGGAGAAUCAGAAAAGAGAGAAGAGAAAACUUAUUCCAUAAAUAACCUUCCUCCAGACAGACCAGGAAGUCUCUUCUCUGUACGUUCUUUGAUAAAACAGGCAGCCAGAAUUCUUCAACAUUGUGCCAAGACAAGGCUUUCACUAAGCCACAACUAUCACGUCUGCUGCUGGAAAAUGGUACCUGGAAUAAAUGUUAACAAUACCCUGCCCAUGCUUCUGAAAGAAUCACUCAUACCCAGUGUGGGGAGAUUUCUUGCCUACUCUGAUGACAAAGUUCACGCUGUCUUUUUAGAUGGCGUCACUCUAACGCUGAAUUGGAAUUUCAGCUCCUCUGCUGAAAAAAGACCAAUAAAUCAAGGUCUCAACUUGGGUUGGUGCAGAUUAACUUUUCCUGAUGGACAGGAUCAGUUCAUUCAAACUGAGCAUCCUGGAACAUAUGAAAGAUACGUGACAUCAGUAACAUCAUGGUGCAGAAGACUGACCCAGGCGAGUCCAAGUCAGGUGCCUGAACAUCUGUCACCUGUUCUCAAAGAAAAUUGGUCUGUUGCUUCUGAGCUUGAGAAAAUACAGAAAUUUAACUGGCUCCUGGAAAACAGUGGUGUCCUCCACUUGACUUCUAACAAGAAAAACGAUCAGUGUUCUGAUGACUGUGCCCUAGGCUCUUCAGAAACCUUGCUGGAAGCAACUAAUAAAGAGAGUGUAUCGGUAGCACUGAAAAGAACUUCUGAAAUCCUUCAGGAUAUUGACUAUAUCUUGUCAAACUCUAGAAAGUGAAAAAUGGAGUUACUACAACACUAAAACUUAAGGAUGUCUCAAAUUCCUAGUAUGGAAUCGCUAGUAACCCAAGGAGCUGUGAAUGUUACUUCUGCAGAAUGUGCAGAACUGAUUGUAUUUUACCUAACUUGUACAUUUUAGUGUGUGUGUCUGUAUGUAUAUCGGUAUAUAUACAUUUUUAAAAUAAAGAACUAUUUUGAGGUUUUGAA